AGAAGAAAUUCAACGAAAAUGUGAUUCACGCCAAUCACAUUUCUCGACUUUUCGAUUUUUCGUGAAUUUAUACAAUGAGAGACUUUGUAACGGAUAUCAAUAAUGCAACUGAAGAGCUCUUGAAACUUAAUUUAGAGAGUGCAGUGACACAAGACACAUUUAAUCUACUUGUCGUCUAUUUCAAUGAUUUGUUGGUUGGUAAAGAAAAGGAGAUAGCGGAACUCAAAGAAGAAAUAGAGGAAUUGAAAAAGCCAUUGGAAGAAAAUAAAAUGGCACCACUCCUGGAAAUCGUCAGAUCAGAAGUAUUUCCGGAGCAGCUAGAGCAUCCUUCGAAGAAUGCAACAAACACGGGAAGUAGGAAAAGAGCACACCCUAAACUCUUCGAAGCGAGUGAACCAAAAGUCAAAUCUUCCAAUGUGUCUACUGAUGUAAUUGAUGGGAAGAAGCACAACAAUAGGAAGACGAAUUCUUCGAGAUCUUUUUCGAAAGUCAACUCGUCUGUGACCAGGAAACUUGUGAACACUGGAAACUCGUGUUUUUUGAAUUCAACAAUGCAGGCUUUGUCUUCGUGUCAUUCGUUUGCACUUAGGUGUGAACAACUUUAUUGUCUGGUUCGGAAAAACAUCGACUAUUUCGAUAAUGAAGCGUCCCAUUCUGAAGUCCUCUGCCGAAAAUACAGAGUGCUCAUAGACUUUCUCAAGAUUAUGGCUGCUCUCACCAAACGUUCCAAUUCAAGCAAAACUCAACCUGAAAUUAUUGAAGCAAAUCUUCAAACAUUCCGAGAGCUUAUUGGUAUGAUCAGGAAUGAUUUUGCGAACAAAAAUCAGCAGGAUGCCCACGAGUUUCUACUAAUGCUAUUUGAGGCAAUCGAUGACGUGGCAGAAUACAAAGCCGACAAUGAGGGAGAUGAUGUGAAGGAAGCUAAGCAGCUGAAUCCAAUUGAAGCAUUUAAAUUUAACGUGGAAACAUGUUACGUUUGCAAAGGAUGCAGCAAGGAGGAAGUGAGAGUAGAUGUUCGGAAUGAUUUGGCGGUUCACAUGAGAGAUAACCUGUCCGUACAAGAAUUGCUAUCGUCAUCGUUCUCUACAUGGACGCCAAUCGAGAAGAAAUGCUCAUCGUGCAACCACCAACAUGCAAUUCUGAGCGAACGAAUUACGAGAUUUCCAGAAUGCUUAGUCAUUAACCUCGAAAGAUAUCAACUCGAGGGACCUCAAUUUUCUACAAAAAAGAUCAAUUGCUCCUUGGAACCAUCAUUUGAACUUGAUAUUUCGUCGUUACAAAAGUUUCCUGAAAUUGAGAAAAAUGGCUUGGAGCAAUCAGAGAAGCAACAAGACUCUCAAUAUGGACAGUUACUUGAUAGAAUGAAAUCCUGCGAGAUCAUAAAGUGUUGUGAAACAAAAAAUAUUAUCAUGGAAGAGAAACAUGACAAGUAUUCACUCGUUGCUGCCAUUUGCCAUCUUGGCGAAACACCGACAAAUGGACACUACAUAGCCUACACAAGAGAAGAUACGGAAAAUUCUUGGCUCUAUUGCUCGGAUGACCUUAUUCGGCCUGCAACAAGAUCUGAGAUAUCCUUGUCUAUUCGAACUUCUGGCUAUAUUUUGUUCUACGAAUAUGAAUAAAAAUAUUUGAUU